UCGCAUUUGUAAGGUAUAAAAAAAUAAAAAUUGGGAUAACGUGCAAAUUGUGUUUUGAUUCGUUUUUUUUUAUUAGAGCAAAAAGUUGUAUCGGGUGGUGAGAAUUGUAACAAACAAAUAAGUAAAUAAAUAUAAUAGGUCGCGUUCACUUGAAGAUGUUUAAAAAUGACCUACUUAAAUUUUUGCUCGAAUAAUACAAGGUCGUCGUACAUUUUUCAUAACUUAUUGCAUCUUUUAAAUGACAGAAAUAAGAAAAAAGAGCUAUGGAACAAUUGCUAUGGAUAACAUUGAUCAAAAUCAGAAAUCCGCAAAGCCCGAAAAUCAGGGUAUGUCUAAACCAGUUACUGUUGAAAAUUCAGCAUCAGAUGUAGAAUUAAAUUUAUUGAGUUUAACGUCAGAAAAUGGGGACGAUAAUGGUAUACUACCAGAUAUAGUAGUUGACACAAAAGCCUAUGAAGAUGACAAUGAAGACUUUCACGAAACCUAUUUAUCUAUUGCCAUACAAGUAUUCAUACCAUUUGUCAUUGCUGGUUUUGGCAUGGUUUUUGCGGGAUUAGUAUUCGAUAAAAUACAGCACUGGGCCGUUUUUGAAGAAAUAACCGAACUGGUCAUUUUAGUACCAGCAUUGCUUGGUUUGAAGGGUAAUCUGGAAAUGACUUUAGCUUCUAGACUGUCAACUCAAGCUAAUCUUGGGCAUAUGGACACAUUGCAACAAAAAUGGAGUAUGAUAGUCGGCAAUAUAACACUUAUUCAGUGCCAGGCCAUAGUAGUGGGCUUUCUAGGUUCCGUGGUGGCAAUAGUGAUGGGUGGCAUAAAGAGCAGCGACGUCGAAUUGGAUCAUGCAUAUCUCCUUUGUGCUAGUAGUUUAGUAACAGUAUCAAUUGCUAGUUUUGUUUUGGGCCUUAUAACAGCUGGAGUCAUAGUUUUGUCCCGUAAUUGCCAUAUUAACCCUGACAACGUUGCCACACCGAUUGCUGCAAGUUUAGGAGACAUAACGUCGCUCGCUUUACUCUCUUGGGUAUCCACAGAACUGUACGAUUCUAUUGGAAGUCAGGAUUGGUUAGCACCGAUUAUAAUAGCUGGUUACAUACUUGCGAUACCAUUGUGGGUAUGGAUUGCAAAGAAGAAUCUUAACACUCGAGACGUAUUGUACCAUGGUUGGACACCAGUGGUCGGAGCUAUGUUGAUAAGCUCAAUGGGGGGAUUAAUUUUAGACUUUAUGGUUUCGCGUUUCGGAGGUAUUGCCGUUUUUCAACCGGUGAUUAACGGUGUCGGAGGAAAUUUAGUAGCCGUUCAAGCAAGCAGAAUUUCUACAGCUCUUCAUAAACAGGCUGAACUGGGAGUCCUAGCAGGUUCGGACGAGGAAGAAGAUACUGCAGUCAUUUUCAUUUCACCAGUAACCGCAUUCUGCGGAAAAAAUCCACAUUCACGGACAACUCGCGUUCUUAUGGCCAUGGUUAUACCAGGCCAUCUUAUCUUUAUUUAUACCAUCGAAUACUUAAAAGACGAGACGCCUCUUGACGCAGUGUUCGUCAUAGUCUAUUUAUUUGCUGCCGUUACCCAAGUAGCAGCAUUGCUGUACAUCGCCUACAUUAUGAUCCACUGGAUGUGGAAACACAAAAUUGACCCCGACAGUUCAGCUAUUCCGUAUCUUACUUCAAUGGGAGAUCUUCUAGGCAUUUCACUGUUAGCAAUUUCGUUUCAGUUUCUUUAUCUUAUCGGUGGCAGUGACGCCCCUCUUAAAGACAAUUAAUGUGAUUAAGUUCAAACUAUUUAUAAAAACUAACUAACUGUUUAUGUAUCAGCUACAAAUAAAAUUAGAUAUCUGUUAUGCAAAUUUAUCGAUGUCUUUUACUGUGGUGAAGUACUAAAAAAAUAGUAGGUAUACCUAUCGUUUUUCAGUUUCAGUAAAUGAAUCGAUAUAAUGAGUUUUCUGUAGACUAGACUAAUUAUAAUGUGAGAAAUAUGAAACAAUGUUUUUAUGCGACUAUUUUAUCAACAGAUUUAUGUAAACUGCAUAUGCGACCAUGACUAAUGGGCGGAUCUUUUGUUAUUACAUAUUUAAUUUAUACUUACAUGUUCCUUUACUUAAUGUAAUAAAUGGUUUAUAAAUAAGAAAGGACAAUAGGUGAAAUGCCUUUCCAGUAGUUUGCAAACAUCACAUCUAGAAGAUUUAUGUACUACAACACUUAGAGAUUUCAAAAUAAAGCUAUACUCCAUUCAAUGAGA